UAUUGUGUUUACUUAUCUUCACAACAGGCAAUGGAUGAGCAGCAGUCUAAGGAUAUGAACAAAGAAAAUAAUGGCAAUACCGGCAAUAUGACUGAAGAAAACAACCCCCAUAAAGAUUUCGAAACUAAUGAAGAUUCUCUGGUAAAUACGAAAGAUUCUAUCGAUGGUACUGAAACUAAAGCAACACAAAAAAAUGAUAAGAAUCCAAAAAUCUUCCAUAAUUCUAAACUUGUGGAAAAAUCCAUGACACAACUGGCAAUCCCGAAUACCGACAAAUUAGACAAUGAGACUCAAAUCAUGAAUGAUUCGCUUAAGAAGAUGUCUGGAAAUAACUCUAAUUCUCAAAUAAUGAAAUCUCCGAAAAAAUCUUUUGCUGUCAAGCGAUCAAGAGAUGACAAAAAAAAAAACAUAAAAAACAUAGUAAAAAAGUAA